AUAGUACACAUAACGCAUGUACACAUGUAUGUACAAUGUGCAUGUCUACAGACCUGUCUAAAUAAUUCUGAUCUGAAAUGGUUGUACAUGUAUACCCUCUUCCGUGCUGUGCAUGACAUCCUCAAUGAGGUUCAGAAACAAAUGCACAUUAUCCUUCUCAAAGCAAACGCAGUUGUGCUCUACACAUCACAGCAGCUCAAGAAAGGGUAAUUGACUUGUCAUUUUGGUUGUGAGGCUUCCCCCAUCUUGUUUGCUUGUACCAUAGAGAUGUACUUGAAAGCUUUGAACUGUAUUGCCAAAUUGACCUGAUUUCUGUCACUGAUCUCUGCCAUGCCACACAACAAUAGAGAGGAGCGCUUGGACAGUUUGCUGUAUUCAGUUUCACUUUUCCACACAUCUGCUAUUGUUUGGUCAAGGUUUCAGCUGAGUCUUCAGCGGUCAGUCAUUGAUCAUUGCUAGAAAUAGGCUAUGCUUCAUUUUACUGAAGGAUUCAGCUAUUUUAAACCAAGCAUUUAUGGCGUCUGUUUUGGACUCUGGAGAAUACUGCCAAAGUCAACACAAAUAAAUUGUUGUCAGCAUCAAGAAAUACUUUUUUGUCAAGUACUAACUAUCCUUGCCUCUUCGCUCAGAGCGAAAUCAAACUCAAAGAGUACUUCAUUCACCUGCCAAGCAGACCAAAAGGCUCUUUGCAUGAGAGAGCUACAAGUUGGAUUGGUUGUUCGUUGGAUCUCAUCCCCGCAAUCUCAAAUUUUUUAGCCCCCGGCAUCAGGGGUGUGAACUACACGUGCAAUUCCUACGCCUAUGUGGUGCGUUCACGUUGCUUCGGCGUGUGCUUGCCGACACUGCCGCGGACAGACCCACGAAUGGGGUAAAGUUCAGGUGGACCGGGUGUGCGAGAGCCAACUGCACUGGCAGGUGCCUCCAAGGUGUGUGAGAGUCAGAAGACCUGCACGGUAAUCAGCGCAGGACCUCCCUUUCCCCGUGGUAGCCUUAAGUUCUCUUUUUUUUGUAUAAAAUCCUCAUAACCUUUUCUCAGAGUUGUCUCCCAUUCUUUCCAUCUCACCAAUCAACUUCAUUUUGCUACGAUUUUAUCAUUGAACCGGUCACUGGCCCCAUCCCCCUCCAACAAAGCAUUAACCCGGACAAGUAAGAAAGAAUUUUGAGGUAUUUCUCAAUUCAGACGUGGAGUUGGACUGACAGAGCCAAGGGGAAUAAGACCAGCAAGAUCUUCCAGAAGAGAUUCCUUGUCCACCUUAGGAAGGGCACCUUUUCUUUCUACUGUCGUCCAUCCAUGAAGAACCAAAACAUGAGUUCUAUUCGGAGCGUACGUCCUGCUCCUGUGGAGAUUGUACACAAGCACAUGAGAUUCCUCAUCAUCCAUAACCCAGAUAAGAAUGGCAUGGAGCAUUUCAUCAAGGAGCUGAAACAGCGUCAGAUCAAGGAGGUUGUGAGAGUUUGCGAGCCUACGUAUGACGCAGCUGUCCUGAAGCAAGAAGACAUUGAGGUCAUGGAUAUGGCCUUUGAUGACGGAGGCGUCCCAUCGUCCGAGAUCAUUGAUCAGUGGCUGGCCCUCCUGAAGAUGCGCUUCAAGGAAACGCCCAAGAGCUGCGUGGCUGUGCACUGCGUGGCUGGGCUAGGCCGAGCUCCUCUCAUGGUCGCCUUGGCCCUGAUGGAAGCUGGCAUGUCAUACGAGGAUGCUGUAGCGUUUGUACGAGAGAAGCGUCGUGGUGCCAUCAAUGCCAAACAGCUUCACUUCUUGGAGCGCUACAAGCCUCGUCUUCGCUUGAAAGCCAAGAAUGGUAGCAAGGGAGAAAGCUGCUGCCUGAUGUAAAUGGACCCUUCCAUCUCCAAUUCCUCCUUAUUUAGUCCUUCAUCCUUCCUUCAUUCAACCCUCCAAAGGAUAACAUGAUAUACUAACAAUAUUUUGUUGAUAGACAUAUAUUUUGUAGCAGUAGGAAAUACCCGAUUGACUAGAAUUUUUGAACUAGCAAUACACACGGCAAUGGGUUCUGGAAUGGAAACAAAUAAUGAGUUCAUUAUUUUUUCAUGAAAAGCAAUGCACCAUUAUCAAUUGAUGCAAAACAAUUUAAUGACAAAAGAGGCAUUUAUGAAAUAUAGUAUUAAGUGUGUACUAGUGCCCAAACACAAUGAAUUUCUAAUUCUGGAAUUUCCUACAAUGAGAUCAAAUAGUUUAUGAUGAAUUAUUUUGUGACCUCUAAGAGGUGUAAUAAAAGGGGUAACCCCCCUCCCCCAUUUACCUUUGACAGGAAUAAUUGAUUUGUAAUAAUAAUGCUGAGGGAGAGGUAUUUAAAUUUAUUCUUUUUUUUCUGUCAAAAUAUAAAUUGAAUGAUAAUGGUGUAAUACUGUCUUGAAAAAAAGAGCCCACAAUCUUGGAUAAUCACACAUACAUGGAUUGAAAAAAAAAGUACUUUGAGCACCACAUCAGAAGUAUUGAAUUUAACUGGUAUUGAAAAUCUAAAGGGAUUGUGUUUUAAAAUACAUCUUAGAAAUUUUCUCAUCUGUAAUUAUAAUUAUUUUUAGUGCUUGAUUGGUUUGUUUUCCACAUUACUGACUGAUCUGAUUUCAAUACCUGCAAAUAUCAGCAUUAUGAAUUCAUAUUAUAAAAGUUUGACAUUGAAUAUCUGUUGUGAUUUUUUUUCUUGUUUGUGAGUAUUUUGAAAUGAUUAAAGUACAGAAUGCUUCAAAAUGAUUAGUCUUGACACAAGGAACACUCAAACUAAAGUCCCCAGUUUUCAGUAAUACAGAAAACUGAAAAGCAAAAUUUCUUGAAAUUUCACAUAUACUGAUAGUUACAUGUAUGUCAAUUGUUUUCUUUUUUCUUCAGUGUUUUGUUCUGGCUUUUGAUUUAAACAAAAAUACUGCAGGUUUCUUAAUGAUAUUGUCCCAUCUACUGUAAUAAAAAAAUCAUACUGCAAUUUUGUUUACAAGAAAGGCAUCCCUGCAAAAGAUAUCCGUAAUGCAGCUAAAUCCAUUAAAACACAAGCAUGCCUAAUUGUAAUAAUAAUUUCAAUAAAACCUGUUUUUGGAUUGUUAAGGGUGCAAUCGUGAAGUGAGGGUUGCAUCUGCACUUGUAUUGCGGUAUGUAGGUUAUGUUUUCUAAACAGAUUUUACUGUUUAAAUUUACUUUGUCAUCCGUUUUGCGUCACCAAAGAAACAGAAUUUGAAUUUUAGAACACUGAGGAAAAUACAGAAUUUGCUUUUUAAAAAGAGUGGAAACUGGGGACUUUACCUGAAAAUGAUACCUUGAUCCAAACUAUUUUUGAUUAUUCAUAGCUUUUGGUAUUUAAAUGUCAUCAUAAUUUUGCAUUUGCACAUCAUGUGAAUACCUUUAAAGACGUGUUUGUGAAAUACUUGUACUCGGAAGCACAAAAUCAAGUCGUUUUCAUACUAAGGCUGAAAGGGGUCAUAGUGAGAAGUAAAAAUUUUUGAAGUUAUCUUCCUAUUGAAACCUUAUGGAGACGUCACUAAUCAAGGAUGCCACACCCAUUUUACACGAGAAGGAUGUUUACUUUUCAUCAGAAUCUUUUGAAUUAAUCUUCCUGUUAGAACCAUGUAGAAGUAUUCAUUCUUUUCACCACACCCUCUUUUGACGACCACACCCAUUCAACUUGAAAAGGAUGUUAUUUUAUCCCCCUCCGUACAUAUUAAUGAAAAAAUCCUACAGUCGAGUAUUCAUGUAAAGCUGAGGCAUAUGUCGUGUUAGGCGAUUGAUGAAAAAAUCUGACUCUUAGGUCUUCAUGCUUGCUUAUAAUGGUAUCGCAGAGCUUUGCAUGUUCUUGUAAAGGGAUAACCUUUCUCUUUUAGGGGUUGGCUUGUUAGGACUUAGUGUAAGUUCUGAUUAUUAGCAAUACAUGCAUGUUGGACAUGUUGGUGUACAAGAUGCUGUAUUUGCUAACGGCAGUGUAUCAUCAAGGGGCUGUACAAGGCAAUAUUGGCUUGGCUUUAUAUGAAAGUAGGACUUCAGCAAUGCUUCCGUCAGUACAAGAGAUCAAGUCUUGCUUGUAUCUGGGCUCCACAAUACUAAGCAAAGCAAUUGAUUUUAAAGUUGGUUUCUAUGAUUGAUUGCACAUAAUGAUCUAUGCUAUCAAUUGUGAAAAUCUUUCUUAUGAUCAGUUUGCGUAGCUUGUGAUGAAGGGCCUUAAUCUAUAUUCUACUGUUGGUAAUACACACAAUAUCAAAAGCUCUUAUGUCACUGGGAAAGGAAGCCACACACAGACAAUUCUCUAUUUUUGAUUUUCUACUCAAACAAAAACAAAAUGUGUGUGGUUGCGUGUGUAAGCACAAGUAGAUAAAUUACUGAUAUGCGAUGUUGGUUAUUUGAUUGUUUGUGAGUGUUUGUGCAACGAUUGAGGGGCCUAUUUGCCCCUCCCAAUAUUGUCUGUUUCAUUUGUAAUUUUCAUUUGAAUAAUUUUCUUGUUGACACAUGAACAAUUAUGAAAAUGCAUCAUGUUAAGAAUCUCAGCACACAUUGUCAUGGGAAAGUUGACAUUUGAAAUAACCAAUUUUUGUUUCUAUUAUCCUGUGACAAACCUGGUGGAGGUAAAAGGGAGUCAUAUCUAAACAUUUUCUUUUUGAACUCAAGUAUGCAUCCUUCUGUAUAUCUAAUAUUUUUUAUGGGUUUGAUGCAGAUGGAAUCUAAUAUCUCAUGAGACUCAUUGUCUCCCUAAAUGAUGAUGCCCAAUGGUCACAUUUGAGUGUGAAAUUUCAAUAUAUAUCAAUUCAUAGGAUUGAAAAUGUGUACAUUGAUUAUACUGUUAUCGGUUGAUAAGCUGUUUUAGUUUUGAAGCUGUAUGCCUUGAUCAUUUUAAUCAAUGCUUAUAAAUUUUCUUAUAAAGUAGGCAUACCAUUUUGGGAUUUAAUAUUGUGGCUUUUAUUUUAUUGACAUUGAUUAGAAUUUUGAUUUUUUUUUUUAAAUAUCUAUCUCAGCGUGACUAAAUGAUAUAUCUUGAAUGUACUCUGAAUGUUGGAGUUUGCAUGAAAUUCUGGUUGAUUGUUUAGGAAGAGUUUGGAAUGAUUAUUGAAAGAUGUUUUAUUGGUAAUACACAUUAAUUAUCUCAACAGUAUGAUAUGUCUUUUAAUUUCUAACCUUGUGGAUGAAAUCAUUGAAAAGAUAUUAUUAAGGUAUAUUUACAUGAUUUUCAUUUCUUUGAACACAUCUCUUGCAAAAACCAAGUUUUUUUAGGGGAAGGGGUAGGUGAUGGGAAUAUUAAAAAAAAAAGAAUAUCGCUAUCACAUCUAAUUCUCUGACCAUGUGCAAUGGCAGUAUUCUAUAUUAAAAUUUUUAGAUACUGUAAAAUCGUGGGAAAUGGCAGUUUUCAUCAAACCUCAACAAUACUCCAUUCACCACCACCUACAUAUUUCAUUCUCUCAGCCAUUAUUUAAGGAAUAUUUGAAUCCUGUGUUUUGGUUAACCUUACAGAAUGCAUUAUCAUGUCCAUUGUGACUUUAAAAGAAAUAAUUAAUUUUGAUUUUGAUAGAAGAAUUUUGUAUAAUUUUUGCAUUUCAAUCCAAAGGCAGUAGAUCUUGUUCUACAAUGUUUUUUCUAUUUCUCAUUGUAUGUGUGUAUUUUUUUCAGAAUAGAUAUAUAUAUUGGAAAUGGAUUUGUAUAACAAGAAGAUAUGCUGCACAUUAGAGCGCUCGCACCACUUUGUACAGCCAGCACAAAAAUUUCUCGGCACAUAGCACUGGCGUAUCUAGCGGAAUUAGACAUGAUACUUCGGAGGGGCCUACCAUUGUGUACAAACAAUAAGAAAUGGCAUUGCAUCUAAUCCAGCUCGAUCUGCCACUGGCACAUAGCACAUUAAGAGGAAUAGUUGUGCCAUGUGCAUUAACGGGCUUGGUCAUGCUUCAGAUAACUCAAUGAAGCUUCGACAAGUUCCAGACCUCCCUUCCAUUCUGAAAUUGGAGAAAAUUGUCUGAAUUUUAAUAAUUCUCAGCUCUUAAUUCUGUACCACUCUCCGCUUUGUCUUGGUAAGUUUUAAUACAACAUGGGAAAUGCUGUUUCCUACUUAUUUUUUAGCAAAGUCAUCCUUAUUAUUCUGUUAGAAAGGUAGGGAGGUCUGAAAGUCCCUCCUCCAUUUUUGUUGGAAGUUAUCAGGGUUUCAUGAGAUCAUAAUUGACCGAUCUGGAGCAACCUUCAGUGAUGCAUAGAUCUCUCUUUAUCAGAUAACUAUGAUUAAAGCGUCAUUAAUGAAGAAAAAAAAAGCGAGAGACAAUGAACUUACUUUAUACCUCACGGAUUGUUGGUGCGAAAUACAUUGACAAAAUGUAGUACAUAAAGAAAGAAUGAAGUAUUUAUGUCUGUACAUGUAUAUCUUGUUUAAAUGUGUGUGCACAAAUGAUGUCUUGUAGUUUUGAAAUUCAUUCUUAGUCACCUUUCUCACAUUGUCUUCAGGCUUCACUCUAAGGCCCAAAUUCACAAAGGUGGUUUUAAAAUCCCUCGGUUGAAUCCAUGGUUUAUGCAGAUUUCCUGUAUAAAUUACGCUUAAUUUAGCGCUUAUCGGGCGCGUGUAUAAAAAACGUCAAAUGCUGAUGCACGCUUUUGUCACAAUGCGCCAAAUUGACGCCUGUUACCAUGGUUAGAUACGCUAUUUUAUUCACGAGUCCACUGUUUGAAGAGUGGACUCAUGAAUAAAAUAGCGUGGAUAACCACGACAACAGUCGUCAAUUUGGCGCACUGUGACCAAAGCGCGCAUCAGCAUUUGACAUUUUUUAUACACGCGCCCGAUAAGCGCUAAAUUAAGCGUAAUUUAUACAGGAAAUCUGCAUAAACCAUGGACUCAACCGUGGGUUUCCAAAACCACCUUUGUGAAUUUAGGCCUAAGAGUCUCCUAGGAAAUAGUAAAGGAAAGGGAACUGUGCCAUUUCACAAAACUUGGGUAUCAAUUGCAAUGUGUCAGCUGUGGUUGGAUUCAACUGAAUUUCUAUAAUUCGAUUUGGCUUCGAGCAAAUUUGAUAAGGAAUUCUACAGUUGCCUAUUGAUUCCAUGUUUUAUGAAAGUGUGCAUUAAAAUUUUAAGAGAACAAAAAUAA